UGUUCCUCGAGCACCGUGUGUCGGCUGGCCAAGCGGGGCGUCAGGCGAUAUAUCAUGCAGUAGGCAAGCCAGGUCGCUCACACGCCAAGCAAAAUAUUGAUUAGCGGUAGUUUUAAAUGGCCCACGGAGUUCUACGGGCGGGAGUUACCAUUGUAGUAGUGUAGGGAGUGACCGGGAGAUGGCUCUGCCUGCGCGCGCAUCUCAUGAUCAAUAGCACCACGUUCGAAUCUGCCGAGGUGCCGGCGGUUUCCUCUUUUGUACCUUUAUCACCCCCAACCUAGUCCUCCAGGUGAAGCACCAACAUGUAUCUAAUGAAGGAAAUUGGCAAAAAAUGAUCCCUUUUGCGUAUAAGACACUGAGGGAAGAGGUUUGAAGGGAGGUAGGGUGGGAUAGGUUGGCGUCCUGAGUGGAUAUGAACAGGUUGGUGAGGAUCCAGUACGGUGGAGGAAGUGUGUUCCCUCACUCAUAUACCUUGGGAGUGGAGCGAGGGAGGGUGUGUCCCCUCAACCUGUGUGUCUCUCAGUCCUAUGGCGUUGUCUCGUCCUCACACAACGCCUUAGUAACAGUAAAAGAAUAAACAAACACAAGUAUGGGUGGCGGAGCGUGGUGAUACAUAUCAACAUUUAGGGUUUGCGGUGCUUUUCUUUAGUUUAUUUUAUUAUUUUUCUUUGCCCUCGGCGGGGCGUGAGGGAUGUGUUGGUGAUGCAGACAGCGGGGUGGAAGUUCCUGUGAAGGAUGGAGCACGAUUCUAUAGGGCGUGGGGCCCUUCGCUGGUUCAACGUGAAGAUUUCCCUCCUGCUGGUGAUCGCUACCAGGCUCGCCCUCGCCAACUCCAACGCCAACAUGUUCUAUGCUGUACCGGACCUCUGCCAGGACACCUUCUUGAAACAACACAACCGGAUGAUCGAGGGCGCCGUGGUGGUGUCCGAGGGCGAGAGGAACGUCAAGUGCGUCGUCACUUUCCAGACAGACUCCAUCCUCCAGAGGUUUAUGCUGAGGUUCGAGAGGCUUCAGCUGGAUUGCAAUGACCAUCUCUUCAUCUACGACGGAGCCUAUGAUAUGGGUGCACACAAG